AUGGCUCGGGCCAGCAGCGGGAACGGCAGCGAGGAGGCCUGGGGGGCACUUCGAGUGCCGCAACAGCAGCUUCGAGAGGUUUGCCCAGGAGUGAACAACCAGCCCUACCUCUGUGAGAGUGGUCACUGCUGCGGGGAGACUGGCUGCUGCACCUACUACUAUGAGCUCUGGUGGUUCUGGCUGCUCUGGACCGUCCUCAUCCUCUUUAGCUGCUGUUGCGCCUUCCGUCACCGACGAGCUAAACUCCGGCUGCAGCAACAGCAGCGGCAGCGUGAGAUCAACUUGUUGGCCUACCACGGGGCAUGCCAUGGGGCUGGCCCUGUUCCUGCCAGUUCACUGCUUGACCUUCGCCUCCUCAGCGCCUUCAAACCCCCCGCCUAUGAGGAUGUGGUUCACCGCCCGGGCACGCCACCACCUCCUUACACUGCGGUCCCAGGCUGCCCCUUGACUGCUUCCAGGGAAUGUACCUGCUGCUCCUCCACUUCUAGCUGCCCUGCCCACUCCGAGGGAACAAAUGUGGAAGGUGUUUCCUCCCACCAGAGUGCCCCCCCUCGCCAGGCGGGUGAGCCUGGGGCAGGGUUGAGCCCUGCCCCCACACCCCCCUCCUGCCGCUAUCGCCGCCUGACUGGUGACUCGGGCAUCGAGCUCUGCCCUUGCCCUGACUCCAGCGAGCGUGAGCCAGUUAAGGAGGCUAAGGCUAGUGCUAUUCAGCCAGACCUGGGGGACUGCUCCCCCUGUACACUGUCCCUAGACCCCAUACCCCAAGUUCCUUCCAUGGGGCUGGCUACCAGUGAAGGGGGCACCCCAUGA